GCGGAUUCAGGACAGUUUGCAUGGGUCUUGUUCUUGACAGCGAGAAAAUUUUAACAUUUCUUUGCUUUGCGUUGUCGGUCAUUUACGGUUUGUGUCCGAUCAGCCGAUGGAACAACAAGUUCUGAGCUCGUUACCCGCGGAGAUUGCUCCGUCGGGAGGCGGAACGGCAGAAAUCGGGUCGAUCUCGAAGGAAAGUGAACUGGUUAGCAAUGGUGUCCAGUACACGCAGCCACUCUCUCUUCAACCCUACACAGAGGUUGCUGUGGCUCCACCCAUGGACCCUACCCAACCAUUACAAUUACAGACACAGACACACCAGCUUCAGCCAUCAGAACUACUCACUCAGAAUGGUGACACAGGACCAAAGAGGCUACAUGUCACUAACAUCCCUUUUAGAUUUAGAGAUCAUGACUUAGUUCAAAUGUUUGGGCAAUUUGGUUCUCUGGCAGAUUGUGAAAUCAUCUACAAUGAAAGAGGAUCAAAGGGUUUUGGAUUUGUGACAUUUGUGAAUUCUGCUGAUGCAAUGAAAGCAAGGGAAAAACUGAAUGGAACUAUUGUGGAUGGAAGGAAAAUAGAGGUAAACAAUGCAACCCCUCGACCGCACGCCAAAAAAAGUCCGGGCCAAAAUCGAGGACCCUUAACCAAUGGUACAGCGUUUCGUGGCAUGAGAGGAGUUCGUCGGCCUUCGCCGGUAAACAAGUUUAGCACUCGGACAAUUCAACCUCAGGUCACUGCAUACAAUGGCGGCUAUACUGGAAGUUAUGAUGGAUAUGAACAGACCUAUGCUGCGAGGAGAAUAGGAAGUUUUGGAUAUGAGCCAGCGCCUUACGGAGGUGGAUAUGGUCCGCCAAACACGUACGCAGCCCCUGCACCCGCAUACCGUACAGCAGCGCCUCCCCAGGCCCCACCGUCUAGUUACAGCACAGGCUACAGAUACGCUCCUUAUUAAAUCGCAUCAUCAUCAUCAUGACAACGCUUUAGAACACGAAACCAUUGUACCAUAUUAUCCAUACCGUAGACACAAAUCAAGAGGAUCUGGAAUGGAAAGCUCGUUUAAAGCAAAUUUUACGUUCGUUGUGUGGAUAGGUCAUAGUAAUUUUGUAAAUAGUUGAAGUUUUUCUUGGAAUUUCGAUGGAUGAUAUCACCUUGUUAGGCGAAUUUCUUGCACCGUAACAGAGCUCAGGUCAAACGGAGACAUUGUUGACGCUUUUUGUGAAGACAAGGAAGAAGAUAUUUGGAUUUUUACUGAGAAAAGGGCCAUUGUCUUUGUAGUUUGUAAAUCUUGUUAAUCUUUUUGCAAUUUAGUUAUGGCAGUGCCACUGCUGUUACCUUCUAAUAUAAUUAACAAAACAUGAUUCCAAACAAAUUCAAUUGUGCAAAGCAUAGGAGCAAAGUAAGUAGAAUGACGACGGAGAAUUUAGGAUGCAUUGCUCAUUUCCUGCAAAGUUGAUCAGUCAUUUUUCUUAAAACGACCCUGGUAAUAGUAUUUUCGAUGUAACACUUUGGAUGAGAUCCUAAAAAGUGAUCAUUUUUCAAUGAAAAGUUUUUAACGUAUUCUCAUACGCUGUUAAUUGAAGACAGAUUUUUCCCGUUAAAGAUUUAGGUACUUUUCAAAUUUAAACAAGGCGCAAACAUUUAUCGAUUUCUAUAGAGCUUCCUUACGACAUAGCAACAAGGCACUUUCUUGUUACUAGAGGAGAACUUUAGAGUAAUUUUUUUGCUAGAGUAGACGAACGCCUUAGAGGAAGAUUGACCCAGAAUCAAGAUUCCUCUUGAGAGGCCAAGACAUAAACUGCACGUGUAAAAACACUAGGGUUUUGAUCGGCUGAGAGCACUAAGAUUGAUCGAAAGAUGUGAAGACAAUGAUGUAGUAAUCAUAUGAGUUAGUUGAAAUUGUACCAUAAAAUUAGAAGUUGUUUUUUACCGAAAUCCUUACGAGAAUAACUCUAAAAGUACUCUCCAAGAGGUGAUUAUCAAGCAGAAACCUCAGUUUCAGGUAGUGUUUUCUCAAAAAGUUAACAAACUAGGAGAUCUGCCUCUUCAUUGAGUCUUAAUUGAAGCAUGAAAUAUUCUCAGGCUGUAGAUACAAUGGAGGUGUCACUUGGUUUUAUCAUGAUUUAAUGAUAAAAAGGAAAAGUUGGAA